AUGCUUGUUACUCCAGAAGAUAAAGUAGGCGCUUUGGGCACAAACAAUAUUAGUUCCGAUUUGACACCACUUCAAGGAUUUUUGAUGGAAGCUGUGCUUACGUUUUUGCUUCUCUUCGUAGUCCAUGCUGUUUGCGAUACUAGACGAAAGGACAUUAAAGGGUCUCCUGCAUUGGCUAUUGGAUUUGCCGUAGCUGCUUGUCAUCUUAGCGCGAUACAAUACACUGGUUCCAGUGUAAAUCCAGCCAGAAGUUUUGGUCCAGCCGUUAUUAUGAAUCUCUGGGAAAAUCAUUGGGUAAUUGUUUAA